AUGCAGGUCGAUAAUGAUCCAACGAGUUCUUCCGAUCCACUCAUAUAUCGCCUUCCAAACGAGAUAUUCAUCCUCGUCUUCAAAUAUACCAUCCGCCCUGAACGGCGUGACAUCUGGCCAAAUGGUGAAUUCACCAUAUCCCAUGUCUCUCGUCGGUGGAGAGCUCUUGCCACUAAUACCCCGUCGCUCUGGUGCAACGUACGGCUCUCGACCACCAAAUCAUCCCAUCUGGCCGACCUAUACCUCGCUCGAUCCCGAAACCUACUGUUGGAUGUUUCUGCGGUGCUCAGGUUAACCCACAGACCCUACCAGAAAAUUGCGCUCUUCGUCUUCCCGCUAUUCAACACUAUCCGUGUCCCCGCCCUCGAAAAAUUCGUACUCUCCGUCAAAGAGCAGACUGGGUACAGAUUCAUCGCUGACGGUGAUGUGACUAACAAUGACGCUGCAAAAGCCAAGUGGUUCUCCGGUGGCGCUCCAAAGCUGACGAGCAUCUCAGUGUCUGAGCGAGAUCUGCAAACGGUCAACUUCUUGCCCUUGUUCGACAACCUGACCACGUUCACCAUAUCCGGGCCCCCAGCUCCGCGCCUGCCCCCGAUGACAUUCAACGACCUCUACACCAUCUUGCUCCACCUCCCUUUCUUAUCUGAGCUCGUCCUCGACAAAGUCUUCUUCCACCCCCUGUUUCCAACCGGCGAAAGGUUCACAGACUGUACAGCCCAGUUCCCCAUGCUCCGUUUUCUCUCGUUGAGCAUCCCGUGUUGCACCUCCUUCGUUGUCAUCUCCGCAUUUUCCGUCAUAGUCGCUCCGGAGCUCCAACAUCUCUCACUGAGGUCGCAAGAGAGUCCAAUGAGUGAUAAAAGGACUGAGUUGCAGCAAUACCUAACCACUCACCCCCCACCAUACCCCAUUUUACGUUCCCUUCUCCUCGACUGUCCAUUUGAGAAAGCACAAGAUGCGUGUGCACUCAUGCACGCCUUUCCGAGUGUGCAAGUCGUUUCGCUGACGCGAAUGAGCGAGCAUGUAGUGUGUAAGGCGUUGACGACGUGUCCAUCACGUAUGGCGUCCUGUCGAGCUCAUCAGCCGCAGAAAUUAUGGCCGCACCUGCACACGCUCGUCCUGGAAGAUUGGAGCUCAGCCCGCGUUGCGUCGUUGAUCAAGAUGUUGCAUCAUCGCAAAGCGAUUGGGAUGCCCAUACCUGAACUCAAGAUUCGGAAGGCGGACGAUACGAAUAUUUUCACUGAGGAUGUCACUGAAGGGCAGAGGAGGGAGUUGGAGUUGAUUGUGGAUGUGGAGGUAGUGUGA